UGUACAUUAUUUGAAAGGAACAACAUCGCAGUAAUUUCAGAUAAACUAGCUAAAGUAGUUAAUAAUAUAUUUGGUGAAGAAAUAAAUAAAGUCCUCAAUUCUAAUGAAGCAACAAUUGGAGAUCUAUACCAGGAAUACAUAAGCGCAUCGAACACUGAAGAUAAAAAUUUAAACAUAACACAAUUAUUACAAAAAUACGGUUAUCCUGUGGAACAACAUGAAGUGCAAACUAGCGAUGGAUACUUGCUAACUAUGUUCCGGAUCCCCAACGAUGGACCUCCAGUACUGUUAAUGCACGGCGCGCUCAGCAGUUCAGAUGAUUUCUUGACUAUCGGUUCUAACAGUGGACUCGCUUACCUGUUAGCUGAUGCCGGCUACGACGUAUGGAUGGGUAACACUCGAGGAAACGUACAUUCUCGACGUCACAUCAGCCUGUCGCCUUCUUGCGCAGAAUUUUGGGACUUCAGUUGGGAAGAGCAUGGUCUCUACGAUGUACCAGCUAAAAUCGAUUACAUUUUAGAUAAAACUGGAGAGGAGCAAUUAAUAUAUAUAAGCCAUUCAAUGGGAUCAACAAUGUAUUUCGUCUGCUGUUCGUUAUUACCGGAAUACAAUAGUAAAAUCAAGCUUAUGGUAGCCCUAUCUGCAGUAGCGUUCACCAUUGGGAGUCCGUUACUUAAAAUAUUUUCUCCAGCCAAUCCUUUGAUAACUGAACUCGUGAAAGUAGUAGGUGCAUAUGAACUGUUUCCAAGAAACGCAGUAUUGCAAUAUAUAACUGAUACGUUUUGCGGCACGCCUGCCUCAGCUGCUUUAGUAUGCGGGAACAUAUUAUUUCUUCUUGCAGGGGCGGAUUAUACUCAAAUAAAUGCUACAGCGUUACCAGUAAUUUUUGGGCAUUAUCCUGCAGGUAUGGGUACUAAAGUUGCAUUGCAUUACGGACAAUUGGCUUUGUCGGGGAAAUUCUGUCGAUAUGAUUACGGCCUCUUAAAAAACCUAAUCAAGUAUAAGUCCCCGACUCCUCCUGAUUAUCCUUUACACAAAAUCACUUCACCUGUAGCAAUAUAUUGGGCUACAAAAGAUAAAGUCACACCGUCCGUAAGUGUUGACGCCAUAAAAAGUCGGUUGGCUAACGUGGUCAAAGUAUAUAAAGUACCCUACGACGAAUUUACCCAUGCUGACUUCAUAUUCGCAAGAGAUGUUAAGGAAUUGUUAUACGAUAAUGUUUUGGAUCUGGUUUACAACUACGUUUAA